CGACGCCAAAUACAGAAGAAAAGAGAAGCGAACGGUGCGAAAGCGGAGAGAAAAACAAGCGGAUCCUAGUUACAUAUACCAAUUCGUGUGUCGCGUGUUAUCAAAACAGCCUCCAAAAUUAUCAGGAACGCGCAACCAGCGGGCCGCAAGUCGCUGACUAAGAUGGCAAUCCAACUGGACAAGAUUCUGCAGGACAUCGCCAAAGAAAAGGUGCUGCAUCCAAACAAUGGCGGCGCCAGCAAGCAGGAGCAGGAGGAGGCGUGGGCCAGGAUCGGGCGUCUCAACAAGCUCUCUGUGCACGAAUCGCGCUCCAUCUUCAUAGUGCUCCAAAAGAAGUACGAGCAGGAAAAGCUAAAGGGCAAUUCGGCGUGGAAGCUCUUCAGUCUGAUGCAUCAGAUCCAUCAGGAGCCUAAAAUCUCAAUCAAGGAGGAGAAUGAUCAAGUACCCAUGGAGGAGGUGGAGGAGUACGAAAUGCUGGAGGUGCAGGAGCCUGAGGACGAGGAUGACGCCCAUCAGUACGGACAGCACACCAACUCUACCGGCUCGGCGUCCUCCGACGGCGAAAGCCCCACAAAGUCACACAGCACCGGUUCGCCAGAAAAGGACGAGCGGUUGGCGUACGCCAAACCCAACGUCGACACUCCUCGCCCAGCCAUCGAGGAGAAAAAGCUGCUCAACACACUGGCUAACAACACACCGCGAAGUAGCUCGCUGUCCGCCGCCGCAGCAGUACUGCAAAAGAAGGGAAUUACUGUGAAGAAGACGCCCAGCUCCGCAGCAGCACCGAAACCGGCUAUUGGGCAACAGGCGCCAGCCAGUGGGCAAAGAUCAAGCUCCUCGCGCACCACCAUUCAGCUGCCAGAUUCUUUGAAGCGCAAACUUUCGGAGGAGUACACCUCGUCAUCGGCGCAAAAAAAGCAGACCAAGACCACGAGCCCGAAACAAGCCGCUUCAUCGGCAGCCGCAACUUCAGUGCACACCAGCGUUCCAGAUCAACUGCCGGCGGGAAACAAUGUGGUGCACACAACCACUGCCCAGCUGAUGCAGGUUAAGAAGGAGCGUGAGGACAACCAGACACCACCGCCGGGUAUCAACAUCAUCACCAUUCCAUCGGCACAACAGAUAAACGGUGGUGGUGGGGGAGCGAACUCAUCGACAGCCGCCACCAUUGCUUCCACCUCGGUGGCUUCCACAAACGGCUUUUCGCCACACAUCGACGAGCUGGACUUUAAGAAUGACAUUAUCUUCGGGCCGAAGAUCAACGCCGCCUCCUCCAAUACACCCGAGAUUAUCAACCUGGGCAACUUUGACAACUCGCUGCCGCCAACCUUUUUCAAGAAUCUAUGCAACUCGUCGCGACACGAGUCUCUCGGGCUGUACGUGGCCAAUGUGAUGAACAGACUCUCUUCGCGUGCCUCCGCCAAGCUGGAGCUGUCCAUCUUGCGCGCCAUCCUCGAUGUGCAGAGCGACGAACUGGAGCAGUAGACCGACUGAUACUCGCAAUUUAAAUGAUUACUCAGCUUACUUAUUAGACAAACUAAAAAGGUAGUUAUGUAGUAGGCCUGUCUGAACCAUUUCUCGUAUUUAUCGUAUUAUUUUUUCCGUGUUCAAACGUCUGCGUUCUGUGCCGCCCACUUGUAAAAUGUAUUUACUCACAGUUCUGGUAUGAGUGUUCAUAGCAUUUACGCAUGAAUUUUAAAGCUAAAUUUAAAAUGUAUUUCUAAUAUUUGAGAUUUCGAAUUUGUCCCUAUUUAAGGUUGAAUAUGCUACUUGAUUUUAAAAUACGUUUAUAUGCAAAUAAAUCUACAUAACUU